AUGAAGGUGCCAUACAGCGUGACUGGCUGGCUGGAGAAGAACAAGGAUCCUCUCAAUGAGUCGGUCAUCAGUUUGCUCGAGGCGUCGAAGGAGGCGCUCGUCUCGUCCCUCUUUGCUCCGGCAGAUGAAGGGGCUGCCUUCUUAGACAAACCUCAUGGGCGCCUUAGCGCUGCCAAGUCAGUAGGUGGGAUCUUCUCUCCUCCCUUCGCUUGGCAACCUCACGUAUCUUUUUUCACUUUUUUGCCCUCCAUCCCCUCAACUUCAGUGGGUAAGGGGGGAAAGAAGAAGGGCGGCUCAUUCAUGACCGUCUCCUUUGUGCAUCGGGUAAGUGUUCUCUACGGCUGCGACAAAUCGGCACUGCACGUACCACCCUGA